UCAACGGUCAAAGUGGGGAAAUUGGCAUCGGCUAUAAAUACGCAAGAGCUCCCGGCGAUUGGCGGCAACGACGAACUGAAAACUGAAGCUUCGAGGUCAAGAGACCGACAAGAAUGGGAGUUCAGGGUCUUUGGGAGCUCUUAGCCCCCGUCGGCCGCCGUGUCUCCGUCGAAACCCUAGCCGGAAAAAAGCUCGCCAUCGAUGCGAGCAUUUGGAUGGUACAAUUCAUAAAGGCUAUGCGCGAUGAUAGGGGAGAAAUGGUCCGAAACGCUCAUUUACUCGGUUUUUUUCGACGGAUUUGUAAACUGUUAUUCUUGCGGACCAAGCCUGUUUUUGUCUUCGAUGGUGCAACCCCGGCUCUCAAGCGCCGUACUCUCAUUGCUCGCCGUAGGCAGCGUGAGAACGCCCAGGCUAAAGUUCGUAAGACCGCCGAGAAAUUGCUUCUUAAUCAUCUCAAGGUAAUGAGGUUAAAAGAACUUGCUGAGGAUCUACAGAACCAGAAACAGCAGAGGAAGCAAAAACUACCCAAAAAGAGUACCUUGCCAAGCCCUAAGGAAAAAUUUGAUGGUACUUUGACUUCGGAAAGGUGCAAAAGUUUCCCAAAUAGGGGCAGUCAUGAAAAUCUAGAUGGAAUGUUGGGAGCAUCAAUUAUGGCCGAGGAGAAAGGGAUUUUCUCAAGUAGUGCUUCCUCUGUUGCUGGUGCUACUCUUGAUAAAGAGGACGGUGAUGAACAGUCAGUUGUGAACCAGAAGUACAACAAGGACUCAAAGGGCAAGGAGCUUUUGUCAGAUGAAACACAUGUAGUGGGGAGUGAUUCAGAAAGGAUGGACUUGGCCUCAAGAAGGCAUCAGCAAAAUGUAGAUGAGAUGUUGGCGGCAUCCAUUGCAGCAGAAGAAGCAAGAAGUUUGAAUGGAAAGGCAUCAGCAUCUGCUGUUACAAAUCUGGAUGGUGAAGAUACGGAUGAUGAAGAUGAGGAGUUGAUUUUGCCCGAAAUGCAUGGGGUAGUUGAUCCUUCUGUGUUGGCCGCUUUGCCACCUUCAGUUCAACUUGAUCUUCUUGUUCAGAUGAGAGAGAGAUUAAUGGCAGAAAACAGACAGAAAUAUCAAAGGGUCAAGAAGGACCCUGCAAAGUUUUCUGAGCUACAGAUACAGGCGUAUCUUAAAACUGUUGCUUUUCGACAAGAUAUUGAUCAAGUGCAGAAGGCUGCUGCUGGGAGAGGGGUUGGUGGUGUACAAACAUCAAGAGUUGCCUCGGAAGCAAACAGGGAAUUUAUUUUUUCAUCAUCUUUUACGGGUGAUAAACAGGCUCUUGCGUCUGCUAGAGCUGAGAAGAAUGGAGACAAAGAUGUACAAGCACCAAUAGUUCAGCAACCUUUAAGUUCCCUGAAAAGUACCAAAAUUCCUAGUACAUCCAAUCCUCUGGCUCGAUCAACUCCUGAUAAGUCAGAAGUUUUUGAGGAAAACAUUGAAACAUUUUUGGAUGAGAGGGGACGUGUGCGAGUUAGUAGGGUCAGGGCAAUGGGGAUACAUAUGACACGAGAUUUAGAAAGGAACUUGGAUUUGAUGAAAGAGAUUGAGAAGACUACCAGUGCAAAGAAAGCUACAAAUCCCGACCUUAUGCAAAAUAUUGAAAUAUGUAAUCCAGAAAGCUUUUCUUUUCAAAGCCAAGAUCUAGAUACUUCAGAUGAAGGUGUUGGUGGAUCCAUUAAUAAGUUAGAUGAGAGAGGUACAGAGUUCAUGCUGAAUGAAGAAACUGCUAUAGAAAUUAUGCUGGAAGAUGAGGGUGGGAAGUCUUUUGAUGGCGAUGAUGAUCUAUUUACUAAUUUAGCUGCAGAAAAUCCCAUUGGAAUGGGUUCUUUUGAUAUCUCGACCCAAAAACUCUCUCUUGAUAAUACGACAGAUUCUGCUUGGGUGGAAGCACUUGAAGGAAAAAUUUAUACUCCAAAAAAUGUUGGAGUGGAUGAUCACUGCUUCAAGGAAGGAAUCGUUAGUGAUGAGAGUGAAGUAGAUUGGGAGGAUGGAGUUUGUGAUCAUGUAAACCCAGUUCCUUUUGAAGCUGAUUCGGCAAAGUCAGUUUCUAAAGGUUCUUUGGAGGAAGAAGCUGACUUGCAGGAGGCAAUAAGAAGAAGUUUGGAGGACAAAGGAUAUACAAAAACUGGGCCUUUAUCUUCUGAUCAUCAGCAACCACAACCGGUGAUUGUUGGAAAAAGGGCCGAACAUAAUACAAGUGCCCUAAAAGAGAAUAUGAUUGGACUUGGUAAGCUAGAUAGUGAUGAUGGAAUGAGUUCUUUAAAUUUUAAUGAUUCUUCCGGGAUAAAGGGAACGACUGAGAGUUUAUCUCAAGAAAAGCAAUGCUCAGAACCAGUUGUGUUGUUAGAUACAAAAACACACACACUCUCCGAACAGUUGGAUGCUUCUUAUAAUGAUACUACAUUUUCUCCUAAAGAGUUAAACGAAAAUAAUGAUGCUCUUGAGCCCUUAUCUGAAGACGCAUCUAGUGCAGUCCAAGUUGGGGAUAUGAUAAAUAAUACUGUGGUUAAUUCUCCUUGUCAUAUGGUUGAGGUGGAAGGUUUUUACACUCCUGGGAAUGGUUCAUCCCCCAAAUCUUUUGCCUGUGAAAACCAUUUGAAGCAAAAUCUUCCUGUUGACAAGCAUAGUCACGAUCUUUUGUUGGACGAGAAGGAUGCAAAAAUACCCAUUGUUGAAAAAACAAGUAGCGCAGAGAUUACAGAGGAUGAAUUGAUGAAUAGAAUUUCAGUUCUGGAGCAAGAACGUCUGAAUCUUGGAGAUGAGCAGAAAAGACUUGAGCGUAAUGCUGAAUCUGUCAACAGUGAAAUGUUUGCAGAAUGUCAGGAAUUACUGCAAAUGUUUGGCUUACCAUAUAUUAUUGCUCCUAUGGAAGCGGAAGCUCAGUGUGCUUAUAUGGAACUUGCAAAUCUUGUUGAUGGGGUGGUGACUGAUGACUCUGACGUCUUCCUAUUUGGGGCAAAAAGUGUUUACAAGAAUAUAUUUGAUGACCGCAAAUAUGUCGAGACAUAUUUUAUGAAGGACAUUGAAAACGAGCUUGGUCUGAAUCGGGACAAGUUAAUUCGAAUGGCACUACUACUUGGAAGUGAUUAUACAGAAGGGGUUAGUGGCAUUGGCAUUGUUAAUGCCGUUGAGGUUAUGAAUGCAUUUCCGGAGGAAGAUGGGCUCCAUAAAUUCAAAGAAUGGAUUGAAUCACCAGAUCCAAGCAUCUUAGGGCCGCUUGGUGCAAAAACAGGGUUAAAUGCACGCAAAAGAGGGUCAAAAGCAAGUGAGAAUGAAACGGCUUGCUCAAAUAGUAGUGGUCCUGCAUCUGAAGAGAACAUAUCUAAAGAUCUCAAGGAAAACAUGACUGUUAAACAGAGUUUCAUGGAUAAGCAUAGAAAUGUUAGCAAGAACUGGCACAUACCUUCUGAAUUUCCUAGUGAAGCAGUCAUUUCUGCUUACAUCUGCCCACAAGUGGACAAGUCAGCAGAACCUUUCUCCUGGGGGAAGCCAGACCAUUUUGUCCUUCGCAGAUUAUGCUGGGAAAAGUUUGGGUGGGAGAACUCGAAGGCAGAUGAAUUGCUUUUGCCAGUUCUGAAAGAGUACAGCAAACAUGAGACUCAACUUCGAUUGGAGGCGUUUUACACUUUCAAUGAACGGUUUGCUAAAAUCCGCAGCAAGAGAAUAAAAAAAGCUGUUAAAAGUAUUACUGGGAGCAGGUCUGCCGUGUUGAUGGAUGAUGCUGUGCGGGAUGCUUCUGUAAAUAAUCAAAAAGAACUUUCUGUUGAGCCUAAGGAGAACAUAUCCGAGAAAUGCUCAUCGGAAAUACAAGGUGCAUCUUCGAAUAAAGAGGACAUAGAAAAUAGACUCCAAAAACCUUCCAGGAAAAGGCAGCUAGAUGGAGAGCAAUCUCAAUUUGGUAAGGGUAAAAAACUAACAAAGAAAGAAAAAGGAAAGAGAAGUGUAAGUGAGGGAUCACAUUCCAAGAGAGGGAGGGGGAGAGGGAGAGGGAGAGGCCGGUUGGCAUCGAGAGGAAAGACUCCUAUUACUGACUUGGUUGAAACCAGCUCUAGUGAUGAUGAAAGUGAAUUUGACAAUCAGAAAUUUGAUUCGGAGAAUUUGCCGGAGCCUCAAGAAAGGAGACGAUCAUCACGAAUCCGAAAAUCUGCAAGUUAUGCAAUUGAUGAUUCAAACCAACUAUCAGAUCACAGUGCGGAUAGAUUCUCUAAUGAUAAAGCCGAAGAAGAUAUGGUGGUUCAGGGUCAGUACGCUUAUCCUGAAACUAUCAUAAGCCAAUAUGAGAAUACAGAAUCCAGUUCCAGAACUCUCAAGCAAUCUCUACAGAAUGAUUAUCUCGAAACUGGAGGUGGUUUCUGUCUGGUAGAAGAUGAAACAAGCCGGCAAGAAAUGUGCCAAAACAAAGAUCCAGCUAUGGAGGCUAACAAUAGUGAAGACUACCUGACAAUAGGAGGUGGGUUUUGCUUAGAUGACAAUGAUGAAUGUGUUGACCCGGUUGCACACCCUAACCAAGCAACCAUAUUAGAAGCCCAGAAAGAUGAUCUUAUUCCUGAUCGGUCAACCUUCUCUCCUGAAAAACAUAUAGUUGAGGAAGAUACAGACACGAAUAUAGAGUCUCUGCACAAUUUGGGCAACUCGAGUUAUGUGAGUAAUCGAAACUCUUCCCAGGUAGGUGAGAAUGUGGAAGAGGAACCCAAGGAUCAUUGUGUAAGGGCAUUUGGAGGAGGUUUAAGUGCCAUGCCAAAUUUGAGAAGAAAGAGAAGGAAGUAUUGAGACUAAUUUUGUAAACUUUAAAUAAUUUGUGUUUGAAUAGUGGAAAAAGGCUGGUCAUUUAGCUUUUCGUAUCUGUAGCUAGUGGAAAGCUCAGUAUUAAAAUUUAGGAAAUAACAUUUUUGUGCUCUUAAUUCAUUUUCUUCUUUUCUUUC